CGGACAACAGUUUAAAUUAAAGUUGGGUUGAGAAAAGUGCGUUUUUCCUGGCAAUAUUUUUAUUUGUACGUACAAUUUGUUACAAUUAUUUGCUCAAUUUUAAGUAUUCAAAGAUUGCGAUCACUUCAAUAUGAAGGCUCCACUAUUUUCGAUAGCUAUAUUUGCCACACUGUUGUGCAGCAGCUUGGCUACAUUUGGUGAUAAAGCUUUACUCAAAGAGAAGGAUAUGAUGAGGAAAAUAGUAUUCGAUAAAAAGACACCUGAUGUAUUUUAUUGUCCGAUGCAGAAACCGUCUUCAAUGAACAAAAUCAUUGUCACAGCACGGCCACUGCACAAAUUGUGUGAAUACGAAGGAAAUCCUUUACCUCCCGAAUAUAAAUCGGACUGUUAUAUGGAUAUUGACGAGUCAGAUUAUGCAUGCAAGGAAAAAUAUAGAAUUAUGAUGCGCAAAUUUCCUCCGGGCAGCGAAGAGCCGUUCAACGGUGCACGACUUAAGCGAUUCAUGAAUUUUGAUAAGCUUACCAACUGAACCCGACAUACAUAGAUGAGCAUUAAAUACUUGUAGAUUAUAUGAGAGCUAAAAUAUUUCCUAAUAAUAUGAUCAAAGUAAUACCGAAUUUUACUUCAAUACCGAAUCUGUCUAACACAUUAAAAAAUCAAAACAAUUAAAAUAAA